AUGCCAUUGCUGGACGUCCUGGGAUGGCGCUGGAAGGAUCAGGCCAACUUGACCUCUCCGACGCCGCCGACGCUGGAGCAGAGCCGGGAGCUGGCAAAGGACCUCGUGCUCGCAGGGAAGCCUUUGGAAGCUGCCGUCUUUCUGUGCCCAGGCUGGAAGCAUGGGCAGACGUUCACGGCAUCGCAGGACCCUGAUCGCAUCGAGUUGUCCUGGGAGCCACCCAAGUUUGUGAAGGAGAAGGAUCCUGUGCGGCAACGCGAAAAGACCUGGGCGGAGGAGCUGGCCGUCUCGGGCGACCGACGAACCUUUGCGCGUGUGGUCCACAACGUCCUCGACGAGGACGAUUGCGCUGACCUGAUUCGCUGCAUCAACCAGAAAGGUUUCACGCCGGCGCUGCUGAACAUCGGCAACGGACGCCAGCGUUUCGAGCCAGACGUGCGAAAUGGCCACCGUGCCAUCGUGGAUAGCCAGGAGCUCAGUUCCUACCUUCUAGAGAUGCUCCGGCCGCACCUCCCCGGGAUGCUUCAAGGCAGCCACCUCGUCGACUUAAACGAGCGCUGCCGGGUGCUGUGCUACACACCCGGGCAGGAGUUCGGCCCUCACUACGACGGGUGCUUCGUCCGGCCGAGGGGAAGCCGCAACGAAGGUGACGAAUCCAUGGUCACAGCCACUUGGAUGGUCUAUCCACAACAACUGGCGACCACUACCCAUGCUUGCUGGUUUUUAGCUGUUUCGGGAUCGAGUAUCAAAACUCACAUGUAG